GGCCACGAAGAGGCUGCUCUGUGGCUUCUGCAGGAGGUGCCCAGCUCCUCCUGUGCAGAUGCGCGGGGCUUGCUGCCUGAGGCCUGGGCUGCUGCUGCGGGGCAUUUGGACCUUGCAAAGCAGCUUUCAGAGGGUCAAAAAGCAGCGACUAACUGGACAUUCCCAUGAAGGUACACCAGAAGGUCCUCCAGCUCCAAUGAGAUCAGGUGGGCUUUCUGGAAAAUCUGAGCUGGGCCAGCUGCGGGUCAGCCAGCGGAGGGCACACCGCGUUGCAGCCAAUGCGGGCUACAUCGGAGAGCAUUUCAUUUAUCACAGGGAGAUGGAGUCCUUUCCACCACCCAUGCGGACCACGCUGAGAGUAACCAAGAAGCCGCCUUCGAAGAUGUCCAGUGUCUCCAAGUUCUUUUCCGCUGCAUACCAGCAGAUGGUGCCCCAGAAGAACAAGUUGGGCCUGGCCCUGGGACUUUGUAUCCCACUGGCCGGAACCAUGGUGUUCUUCUCCUUCGUUUCAGUGGGCAACAGCGCUCAGGACACCUCUGCGCGCUACGAGAUGGAACUGGAGAGACAGAGGGCGCAACAGCAAGUCGACAAGGCCAUGCAGGUCUGA